UACGCCAACCUCAAACAUUACUCAUUGCAUUUCUAUACUCUCCUUCUCAAUUUCGAUCUUCAGUACUUUUUCAAUUUGGUGCAUCCAACAAAACAUGGCUGACUUCAUUAAUCCAGUCUUUGAGAUCCUAACUUGUUUGUGUGGUUAUUGCGACAAACGAGUAAAAUCAAUACGCAAGCUUGGAGAGGAGCUCAACUCUUUGAGAAAUGCUUCAAAUCAACUCAAUAGCAUGUACCUUGACGUCAAGAUGAAGGUAGAAACAGCACAACAAGAUCCAGAUCCGGAGCUGAUGGUUUUGAAUGUGGUAAAGGAUUGGAUGGGCAAAGUUGAAGACCUUCUAGAAGAAGUCCAGACCAUUCUGCAUGAAGGUGAUCAAGCAAUGCAAUCUAAGUGCUUUGGAGGUCGCUGUCCCAAGAAUUGUCGAGCCAGAUACAAGCUCUAUAAGGUGGUUACCAAGAAGUUGAAUGACGUCAAUGAUAUUAUAAGCAAAGGGCAAUUUAGUGUCGUAGCAGAGAAGUUUGCUCAUGAUCGGUUUGAUGAACUUCCUGUGGAUAAGGCUGUGGGUAUAGAGUCAACAUUUGAGGAGCUACGUUCGUGUUUUGAGGACAAUCAAGUGGGCAUCAUUGGCUUGUAUGGAAUGGGCGGGGUGGGCAAAACCACUCUACUUAGAAAAUUCAACAAUGAGGUCCUUUCAACCAAAAAACAAAGUGUAAUCAUUUGGGUUGUGGCGUCUAAAGAUGCAGAUCUUGUAAAAAUUCAAGAGGACAUUUGGAAGAAAUUGCAUGUCCUAGAUGAUAAUUGGGAUAACAACACGGUGGAAGGAAGGGCUCUUUUGUUGUACAAUAUCUUAAAGAAGAAAAACUUUGUGUUGUUAUUAGAUGAUGUGUGGAAAAGAAUUGAUCUGUUGAAAUUGGGGGUUCCUUCCCCUAAUAAUUAUAAAUACUGUAAGAUACUAUUUACGACUCGAUCAAAAAAGGUAUGCAGCUUAAUGGGAGGACAAAGACACAUAAAAGUAAGCUGUCUCACACCUGAUAAAGCUUUUGAGUUGUUUAAAGAGAAAGUGGACGAAACAACUCUUGAACAUCCCCAUAUAUUGCACCUUGCAAAACAAGUUGUGGAAGAAUGUAAAGGAUUGCCACUGGCUCUUUGUACUGUUGGACGUGCCAUGGCUAAUGUGGUGACUCCCAAUGAAUGGAACCGUGCUGUAGAUAUUUUGAAGAGCUAUCCCUCAAGGUUCUCAGGUAUAGUUGAAGAAGUAUAUCACUUGCUUGAAUUUAGUUAUGAUAGAUUACCAAACAAUGCCCACAAAUCAUGUUUUUGUUAUUGUUCCUUGUUCCCUGAGGACCAUAGCAUUGAAAAGAAAGAGCUUAUUUUGCUUUGGAUAGCAGAAGGUUUUUUGGCUGAAUUUGAUGGUGAUAUACAUGAAGCACGGAAGCAAGGAGAAGAUAUAAUUUCAAGUUUGCUAUACGCUUGCUUACUUGAAAAUGGUGAUAGAGAAAACACAAUUAAGAUGCAUGAUGUCGUCAGAGACAUGGCUCUCUGGGUGGCAUGUGAUCAUGGGAAAAAGAUAACAUUCUUUGUAAAAGAUGGCUCGACGACUACUGGCCUUGAAGCAUACAAUCAUGCAAAGUUGAAAGAGAUAGAAAGGUUAUCUUUGUGGAGUUGGAGUGGAAAGAUUCUAAACUUCUCACAAAAACUUCUUUGUCCUAAUCUCAUCACUAUGCUUAUCCGUGGUCCUUUGAUAGAACGCUUUCCAACAGAAGUAUUUGUCCUUUCAAGUACUAUUAGAGUGCUAGACUUGUCAUAUAAUAGGGGAAUCACAAAUCUACCACCAACAAUUGGGGACUUUAUAAACCUAGAACAUAUGAACCUAUCCUAUACAAGCAUAAAAAAAGUGCCAGAGGAGUUGAAGAAUUUGAAGAAGUUGACGCAUUUGUUGUUGAACUGUAUUAGAGGCUUUGAAUUCCCAAGAGAAAUUAUAUCCAAUUUGUCAUCUCUUCAAGUUUUUAGUAUGUUCACUUAUAGAACAGAUAUAGAUUAUGGUGUUGAUUUAUGGUUGGAUGAGCUAGAGGGCUUAGAUCAUCUUCAAGCUAUACACAUUUAUAUUACCAGACUCUCCUCUAUUCAGAAAAUAUUGAUCUCCUCAAAAUUGCAAAGGUGCAUGUGUCAUCUAGAUGUUUACUAUGAAUCGGAUACAAGCUCAAUCCACGAGUUGCUCUCAUCACUUCGAAAAAUGGAGCAUCUUGAAACAUUACAAGUUUCUUUGUCCCAAAAAACAUUACGAGAUUCGGACCUCAUCAGUAGACUAGCUGACUUUGAAGGCAAAACAUCAGAGCAUAUAGAAGCUGCAAAUAUUUCAAGGAGCAUAUUGGGGCGUGAAUGUACAAUCACCCUUCGCCAGUUGACUCUCGUAGGGUGUCGAAAUAUAGUUGACUUGAAUUGGCUUAUACAUGCUCCAAACCUUGAAUUCCUUGAUGUGAGUGAGUGUCAUUCAUUGGUAGAAGUUAUAACUGAAGAUUUUGGGGCUGCUGACACUAGGAGAGUAGAAAGUAAUCCUUUUUCCAGUCUCACUGAUUUUUAUCUGAAAAAACUGAGCGAGUUAAGGAGCAUUUGCAGCAUGGCAUUACAAUUUCCUUGUUUGAAGUAUGUUGAAGUACGACGCUGUCCCAAAUUGAAGAAGCUCCCAUUUGAUUCUCAAAGUGCAUUGAAAAGUCUACAGACCUUUUACGGAAGUGAUGGCGUGUUGGAUCAAUUGCAAUGGGAAGAUGAAGCUACCAAACAUCUUCUCGUCUCAAAAUUUUCAAUAGCUGGUUAGUUUUUUCAGGUAUUUGCCAUCAGGGAUGGAUCAUUCUAAAUCAUAUUGCAGCUGGAGGUGUUUAAGACUUUUCUCUCUCUGGGAAAAAAACAGGAGGCUCUAUGUUGAAAAUAAAAUUUCUUGAAAAGUGUGUGUGGAUAAUUGUUGUGCUUGUUUGCUAUAUCCUCUCAGUUUGUAUUAUUCUGUAUUCUUUCAAGUACCUUUUAUUGAUAUUACAUCAUUGUGAUGUGGUUCUGGGGUUUCAAUACUGUUCACGCAUAAACAGUACCAUA